CUGUGAUGAAAUCAGUGUAACGCAACCAGCUGUUCAUAUGUCAUCUCGAAUUUAGGCGACAUCUGACAUGUAUGCUCAUGUAUCAUCUCUUACUCAGGCGCAUCUGGUCACUUCGCGGCACAUCCGAGCAGCAGGGUGAAGGACAGCCGCUGCGCUCCCUCCGCCCUCAAUCACCCUCCGCUAUUGGCCAGCGCGCACCGGCUUCAUUAUUCCAGUCUCACGGAAGCGCGAGACACUCACUUCAGCACGCGGACGAGAGAGAUUCGCGCAGAACUUCGGGGUUUAUCGCUACGGGAGGGACCUGUUACUGAAGCCAAGGGAACGCACGGCACAUGCAUGAGAGCGGCACACGCGAGCGGCUCCCCGGUUUAGUUGGGGACGCAGGAGAGAAGCGCAGAGAUGAUGGGACGCUUUGGGAAGAAGGGACGAUACUCCUGCUUUGGCUUCCUCGCGGUCCUGAUCCUCCUGCUGCCAUAUGCGAUGGCUAGAGGGUCACGUGAUGGUCAGUCGGCAAUGUCUGGAACGCUUCCUCACUUCCUGCAGGAGCCCGAUGAUGCAUAUAUCGUCAAAAGCAACCCCAUCAAACUCCGCUGCCGUGCGAGACCAGCACUCCAGAUCUUCUUUAAAUGCAACGGCGAGUGGGUCCAUCAGAACCAGCACACUUCUUUGGAGCACAUCGAACUGGGAACAGGACUGAAGAUCCGCGAGGUGAUGAUAAAUGUGUCUAGACAGCAGGUGGAGGAUUUCCAUGGACCGGAGGACUACUGGUGUCUGUGUGUGGCCUGGAGUCAUCUGGGCACCGCCAAGAGUCGCAAAGCCACCGUUCGCAUUGCUUACCUGAGGAAGAAUUUCGAGCAGGAACCGCAGGGAAUGGAGGUGCCAAUCAAUGGCAUGAUCGUCCUCCACUGCCGUCCACCUGAGGGAGUGCCUGCAGCUGAGGUGGAGUGGCUGAAGAAUGAAGAGCUGGUGCAUUCUCUUGAAGACAUCAAUAUUGACACUCGAGCCGACCACAACUUGAUCAUCAAUGAAGCAAGGCUUUCAGACUCUGGAAACUACACCUGUCUGGCCAGCAACAUUGUUGCUAGGAGACGUAGUGCCACAGCUAUGGUCAUUGUCUUUGUGAAUGGCGGUUGGUCAUCCUGGACGGACUGGUCAGAGUGUAAUGUCCGCUGUGGGAGAGGAGUUCAGAAGCGGACACGGACCUGCACUAACCCCGCUCCACUUAAUGGAGGGGCUUUCUGUGAGGGAAUGUCAGUUCAGAAGAGCACCUGCACAUCUCCCUGCCCAGUGGACGGUGGCUGGUCUGAGUGGACUAUGUGGUCUGAAUGUACUUCUGAAUGUGAAAGGCAGCGCACCAGAGAGUGUACAGACCCGGAGCCAAAACAUGGAGGAAGACUGUGCGAUGGAGCCGCUCUAGACACAGACAACUGCACUGGAGACCUCUGCAUUCAAGACAGGAAGCUUCUUCAUGAUGUGAAGGUUCCACAAGCUGAUGUGGAGAGCAGUAAUGACGUGGCUCUUUACUCUGGUCUGGCUGCGGGUGUUGUUACUAUGGUUGUGUUGGUCAUUGCUGUGACGUUGUAUCGGAGGAAUCAAAGUGAAUAUGGCGUGGAUGUCAUCGAUUCUUCUGCACUGACUGGAGGAUUUCAGUCCUUCAGCUUCAAAAGUGCCAGGCAAGGUAACCCUCUGUUAAUGAACUCCUCCAUGCAGCCCGACCUGACGGUGUCACGAACCUACACCAGCCCCAUCUGUUUCCCAGACUCCAUGGAGAAAGAGCUCAUCCCUGAACCUGCCCUCUUUGACCCUCUUCCAGACCUCAAAGUCAAAGUGCACAGCUCCUUCAUGGUGUCACUGGGUGUUUCGGAAAGGGCAGAGUACCAUGCAAAAGCCCCAUCCCAAACGUUCCCUCGCGGUGUGGUGCAGGAGAUUGGGGGCGGAGGGGGCACAUUGGGUGGGAGGGGCAAGAGUCAGCUGACCUCCAUCCAGCCAGCGCUGAUCUCCAGUAUGACCAAUGGCAAGCGGGCGCUCAGGACCAGUGGGGUGUUCGGGCAUGGUGGAGGACGACUGGUGGUGCCUAAUGCAGGUGUGAGUUUGCUGGUGCCUCAUGGAGCGAUUGAAGAGGACACAACCUGGGAACUGUACAUGAGCAUUACACAGCAGGACUCCAGUGCUUUGUCUGAUGAAGCUCAGGAGAUACUGUUGAGUCCAGAGGUGACAUACGGUCCUCCUGGCCUGAGUCUGUCCUGCCCUGUUGCCUUGACAGUCGCCCACUGUGCAGAUGUCAAUUCAGAAGACUGGAAUAUCAAGCUUAAGAGACAAACACAGGACAACAGCUGGGAGGAGGUCAUGAUUUUGGAAGAAGAGAGCACCUCCUGUUACUGCCUGCUGGACACUCAGUGCUGCCACCUGUUGGUGGAGAGACCAGGCUGUUACGCUUUAGUAGGAGAGGCUCUCAGUCAGGCUGCAGGAAAGAGACUCCGGCUGGCUGCCUUCGGGAACAUGGAGCCAAACUUCCUCAACUACAGCAUUCGAGUGUACUGCGUCGAUGAUACGCCCCAUGCCUUUCAGGAGGUGGUGUCGGUGGAACGGGGUCGAGGAGGGCGUCUCCUGGAGGAACCCAAGACCCUGCUCUUCAGAGCCAACUCUUUUAGCCUGCAGGUCUCCAUCCAGGACAUCCCACAGUUCCUCUGGAGCAUCAAACCUUUCACCACCUGCCAGGAAUUCUCCUUCUCUCAGGUGUGGUGCAGUAGCCAGUCUCCUCUGCAGUGUGCCUUUUCUCUGGAGCGCUACAGUCCAGCAGCCAAUCAGCUCUCCUGUAAGAUCAGUGUUCGGCAGGUCAAAGGUCAUGAGCAGAUCCUCCAGGUCUACACCACCAUUGCUGAGAGUGAAAAAGACACAGUGCCAUUCUUCACACAAUCAGACUGUACCAUCACCUCCCAAACGGGGUCCAGGGCCUUCAAAAUCCCCCAGUCCAUCCGCCAGAGAAUCUGCGCCACCUUUGACACAGCCAACGCCAAGGGCAAAGACUGGCAGCUCUUAGCGCAGAAACUGCAUAUAGACAGAAACCUUGGUUAUUUUGCACGCCAGACGAGCCCGUCUGCUGUCAUUUUGAGUUUAUGGGAAGCUCAGCAUCAGGAACAAGGUGAUUUGGACUCUUUGGCCAGCGCUCUGGAGGAAAUCGGAAAAGUUCAAUCCAAACAGUCCACCAGCGCAGACACUCUAGACCGCAUCAGCAAAACCAUCCCGUCCAGUGACUCGACCCUGAACCGCAGCAGUGAAGAGCUGGACGCCAACCACACUUAACAACAAUUGUUCUAGAAUUGAAAACUGGAACACUGUCCUUAUCGGAUUUAAGAGGGUACGACAAAGAGAGAGAGGAGGCGGGGCUAUAAGAGGUGUAGGCGGGGCUAUUUGAACUGGAGGAGGGGCUAUAAGUGCUGGAGGCAGAGCUGAAGGUGAAUUUAUCAGAGAUGGGGACGUGGUGAUGAUAAUAUGGGGCGGAGCUAUAAGAGCUGGCCCAUCCCUUAAGAUAGUUGCUCCUCCCUCUCCUUGACUGAUAAAAACAGGGUGUUAAAGAAUGGUUGUGACCAAAUAGAUGAGCUUCAGCGAUUCACACACAUGCACACAAUAUUCCUAUCAAGUACGCAUCAGAACAAAACUGACUUAUACACUAAGCCUGUCUGAUGAAAAAAUUGCAGCUAAGGAUUGUGGGUAUGCUUUUGUGAUCAUUUGUGAACGGAGAAAUUUAAAAUUGUUGACUUGCGAACGCAGACCGGACUGCCUUCGGAUGCUUCAGAGUGUUGAAGAAUGUGUCGUCGUUUUUUUUUUUGUUUUUUUUUUUCUUUGUGGGACAUUUUAUUUUGCGUUUUUCUGUUCGAAAACCACAAUGGUUGUCUGCAUUUCUGAGUAACUUUCUGAUUGCAAAUAGAUUUAAAGAAAAAAAAUAAAAAUAAGAACAAUGUC